AUGUCUGAGGCAAGUAUUAUGAGCCCUGUUGGACAAGAAAUUGAAGAGCCUUUGAACAGUUCGAUAUUGUUCAAUAGCGAUUCAACAUGCUCUUCAUUAGAGCUUUCUCAAAAUUCGAUAGCAACGGAAGGAAACUGUUCCGAUGCGAACAUGGAUUUUCAAAUUGACCGUUUCUCUGCUUCCGAUACAGAGGCCGACUCUGCAAUUAUACUGUUGAAAAGUCUAAAUAGCGAAUCGCCUUCAUCGUCGUUUGUUUCCCGUCGCAAUGACAAUUCUGCUAUCCUUAGACUAAACAACGAAUUACUGAAAGCAAAGAGAAGCAACUGGGAAGUGUUGGACGCUUUGGGAAAAGCUUAUGAAGACAUCAAGAAUCUCCGAUUGCGGGAGCAAAGGCUGAAUGCAAUCUUGUCUACCAGCAACGGCAAACGCGUUGAUGCAAACGGUUUUCCUGAAAGCCUUUCAUCACCUGACAGUAAAAUUAUUGAACUUCAACUUGCCUUAAGAAGAGAAGAAUCCAUUAAAACGAGAGAAGAUUUGCGAACAAUGAUAGAGGAACGCGACAAAUUAAAAGAAAAACUCGGAAAGAGCGAAAGCGAUCGAAGACUGAUCUCGCUUACAAGCGAUCAGCGCGCAAGAGAGCUCGAGAUUUCUCAGAACUAUAUUAACGAUUUAACAGCUAAUAUCAAAGAGAAAGAUGCUAAAAUAUUUUCAGCUCAGGACAAGUUAAUUUCUUUGGAGCUUCAAAUAAAAACGAAAGAUGAGGAAAUGGAGAAAAUCAGUGAAGAGAAAAAUAAUCUGCGCGACGCAGUGAUUCGGAGCGAGCAAGAAAUAGAAUUUCUGACAGAAACAUUACGAAAGCUAUCGCUUCCCAAACAGGAACAUGCGAAGUGUUUUACUAAGGGUAGAGAUCAUACGCAGGAAAGUCAAACUUUUGACCAGUCUGACGGGAAAGUCAGCUAUGUUGAGGAAAAUACGGAGAACUUCUUUAGGGAUGAAACGAGACUUGAAAGGGGAAUGCAGUAUCUGGAAUCAAGACAUAACCAAGACAUGAAAAUCAUCCAGGAGUUGAGUUCCAAGCUUAAAGAGUGGGAAAGGUUUGUAUUUAACAUAGAUAUUGCCUUGACUUACUAAAAUGCAAUAUCGUACUGUCCACCAUAUUGAAUCUAAAUUAAUAUUCACAGCUGUAUUGAUCCUGGUUUGAAAUACUCGACACGGUAAUGAACUGACCCAAAGAAAGUUUAAUAGUUGUUUCUGAGGUGUGUUUUGCCUUUUCAGAUCCCAUUUCUUAUGAAAUAAGAAAAACUAAGAUAUGCAGAAAAAAUCUUUUCCUUUUUAUAAAUGAAAAGUCACCUUAAUCAAAUUUUCAUUUGUUGCACUCGAGUACACUAGCUUGACGUGUAUGUCAAAAACACGCGUUCAAAACCUUUGUCUUUGUUUAUCAAAUCCUGAUGAAGAAAGUGAUUUAUUCAAAAUUGAUUGGGAAGAUUUUUAAUUUUUGCAAAAACUUCGUCGUUCUAUGCACGAUUGAUAGGAGGGGAAAUACGAAGCUUUUUGAUUAGCUUGACCUGCCAUGACAUAUUGCUCUUUUAUUGAAAAUGAGUAAAUUAUUUUGUCAUUGGUUAAUAUAUACUGAAAACUCUGGUCAAUAAUGAAAAAGACACAAGGUUUAACUGCGGAGACCCUUUAGACUGUGGUGAUUUGGCUUUGCUAAAAAACAGGCCAGGGGUAUGGCCUAUAGUAAUCGCACAAUUGAAAACGGCCCUGAGAGCUAAAAUAAUUGGAAAAUAGCGGAUCGUUUUCUUCUGAACAGAAUGUGAAGUUGUAAGAAAAACUCUCUAAUUUUGCAGAAGAAAACUGAAUCAUCUUGUCAAGUGCCCUGAGAGAACGUAUCCAAUUUGUUGGCAUUUUGACCCUCACUGCAGAAAGCUCUUUUCAAAAGCUAACCUGUUUCGGUCAGAAUUAAGUCGGAUUGUGGGGAUUACGUUCUUGGAUACAAUACUGAAGUUUUGUCAUCACAACGUAAAUUUAACAAAAAUCCAUCUGCUUUUAUCGACCAAAAUAAAAAUAUCUAGAGCCUCAAUAUGUUUUAUUAUCGACAUACUAACAUUGUCCAUUGUUGCUAUUGACCUUUCAAAAUAUGACUAAUUAAAAUCGCUUUUCUCAGAAUUCAAGUCUCUCGUCCAGCAAGCACUGUCAAUAAAAAAAGUUAACGAAGAAAUCAUGUACACUUUUACUCAACGACGGAUUACCACUUAAAAAAAAUUUCCGAAAUUCGGUCAGAAAGAAAAUGAAAAAUGAAAUUUUGGGUCCUUACAGAGGAAAAUUAAGUGUCCGGGAACAAUGGAUCGUCUGAAAAGAUAGUCCUAUUUUUCCGAACGGAAUGGAAUGAUCUAAACGCAAAUUCGUCUUCAAUUUCUGCAAACCUUACCUUUUUUAAAAUAAUAGUUUCCAGCUUAAAUUGGGGCCGUUUGUCGGUAAAUGGGACUGAUUUGAGCCAAUGGUGGACGCGAUUCUCAGUCUCGAGCGAAAUUUAACACUCCCUUAGCCAGCUGCUCCAGGCGUUCAGAUAGUGAGCAGGGUAUGGGUCGCUUUUGACUCUUUUUAGGGCGUGGCACUUUUUGGCCAAGCGGUCCUGGGUCUGAGUUUUGGACGGAGUGAGGGUGUGGAUCCGAGUGAGAAGUGGUUGCGUUGAGUCUGGAAACAAGAGACGCGAGUGGGAUCGCUCUUGGAAGGCUGAUCCAGGAGUUCAAAUAUUGGAGUGGGCGCGAAGUCAGAGAGGGGGAAAAAUAAAUAAUCAAUAUACCCCACCCCCUCGCUGUUUUUCCUGCUCACUUCUUUUGCACCGUCCCCACUAUCUGAACGCCUGGAACAGCCUAACAGUCCCUUGUUUUGUUUGCCAUUUAUGUAAACCGUGAAUGGACCAGUUUGCCCAUGUAUAUGGUAGACAAACUUUCGAUUUAUAUAUUAUCAUAUUUUUAGCAACUGUUUCUUCCCACUCUUUCAGGUUCGUGAAGUCCAUGAACGACCAUGCACUCGAUGCGAACCAACAGCAACUACAAGCCAGGACCAAAAUAGCUGAUUAUAUUAGAAUGCUUGAACAGCAAUUGCAUGAAUUAAAGAACAAUCGACCAAUCUCGAUCGACGAUUAUGGUUACUCAUCAGAAGCUGUCAAACAAAAUGAUAGGGGAUAUACUGAUCAAGAUUUAAGAGAGGACUACCAAGUUUCUCCACAAAUGGUACAACCGACCCAAGCAGAAAAUGCCAACUUUGAGCGUUACUUAAAAAGUUCUCAGUCAGAUUUCGAUGAGCAAGGUGUUAUGAGAGACGUAAGUGAUCAUGACCCGUUCGAUUUAACUGAUGACAUGGAUGAAGAGGACGAUUUUGAGCUUGCCAGUUGUUUCCGAUCCUCUGCUCGGCACCUUGUGCAACCGGACGAAGUCCGAAUGGCUAGAGUAACAACAAUAGACGGAUUUGUCUGCCCGCAUUCUCCUCCUGGAAUGGAUAACGCAUCGGACAAGAACACACCGAAACGUCCACCUAGGAAGACCGACUCUAGGAAAAGACGGAAGCUUCCAAACAUUACCCGAAAGCUGAGCACAGAAAGUGGUCAUAGCACAGACAGCUUGGUGACGCGAUCAGACGAAACAGCGUCUGUUACGUCAUUUGAAUCACACAUGUCACGUGAUAAUGCCCGUUUUCGUCGAGGUUCUGGUGGCGGUUCAAAUCGACGUCUUCCCCCAGUCCCCAGCGGUGAGGAAAUUAACUUAAGUAAGCAAAAAAUUGUUGAAGACAGGCCUGCUACAGAACCACCCAGUGUCAUGUCUAUUUACAAGGUUAAGGAGGGACCAAGAAGUGUAAAUAAUCAAAGCCAAGAUUCUGGACUCGGUAAAAGCGAGAAGAACGAUCCCACUUCUCCUUUUCAUGCAAGCCACAAGUUUAGCUUCUCCAGAUUUAGGAGAAAGUUUAGCAAAGGAAAGGAAAGUUCAGGUGAAGAAUAAAUUGAUAAAACUCGUUGUUAUAAGUACAUGUACAGUCCAUUUUUCCCGAUAGAAGCAUUUUACUGUUACUCCCAAAAAAUCGAUCUGCCAAUAGAGCCUUUAUGUUCGGAUCACGUGCAAUCCCAACCGGUUGAUCAGAUCAAAUUGAACUGUUUGGAUCACGUGGGCUAAAUCCCGUGCUGGGAUUGACUACUGCCAAAAGCGAGACCAUACCCAAGUAAUGAGUUUCCAAAAAGUCAAUUGGCCAUUUGCUCAUCUCCCAUAUUACACCUUGUUUGCCCGCAAAAUUUUGUAGAAGCAUUGUCUUUUAUUUCUCGUGGGACCACAGUAAUACCCAAGCGAAAUCAAAAACAAAGGUUAUGCAAAAGGGGGGGAUGGGGGGGCAAACAAGCUGUAUUAUGGGAAAUGUGAAAAAGGCGAAUGUCGGUUUUCCAGCGGGAUCAUAUUUAAAUUGACCAUCCUAAAGGGAUAAAUCAUUUUGAAAAAGUGAUUUUUGUACGAACUAAAAAAAAGCAUAUCAAAAUUAGGUAACCUGUAAAUUUUCAGCCGUAUAUCUCAAAAGUAGCGAUUGCAGUGGCCGACGAAAAUUAGAAGGAUAUGUAUGCGAAAAACAACUUUAGCCAACCAGUCGAGGUUUAGUGGUUUUCCAUACAAAUCCACGUUGUUAAAUCUUUCUCUUACGCCUUAAUGGAUACAAAUUGUCUGUUAUGAACAAAGAAAAAUUGAACCCCAUAAGGGCUUAAGGAAAGAUUCUACGACAUUUUUAAAAUUUCAUUAUAUUCAGAAGGAUUCGUCAUUUUAAUGUGCUCUUUCAAUUUCUGCAAAAAUCAUUUUUCUAAAGGUAACUGUUUUCGUUUUCACAGAAAGUUGAUCACGUGACCAACUACAGAAGAACCCCGUAACUCGAACUCCCCGCUAACUCGAACUAAGUCCCAUUUCCCUUGGAUUUCAACCCACGUUUUAGUCAUUUUUUGUCAGUUAACUCGAGCUCGGAUAACUCGAAUUCCUCGCUUACUAGAACUAAAUUGCCUUUUGAUCAAAAUUUUACUAAAAUUCACCCCGAUAACUCGAAUUCUGGUUCUUGCAACUCCACUCGGAUGCCAUUCCAUUAGCUCUUCUUGCUGUGUAAUCAGUAAAAAUGCUAAAACUAACACUACAGCAAUGUGAUCUUAAUUGGUGCCACGAACAGAUCUCGUUUUAUCAUAAAAAAAAAGCAUAAUCAUGUUAUCGUUUCUGAUGAAAUAAGUUAAAUUUGUACUGUACUAUACACUCAAGUGCGGAAAAAUCAGUAACUAUCGAUCAUUAACAUUGCAAAUUGAAUGCCGGUAUUCCAUCGAUCCCGAUAACUCGAACGAUAACUCGAACUGUUUUUCGUUUCCCUUCAGAGUUCGAGUUACCGGGGUUCAACUGUAUGACAAAGGCCUAUUCAGUUUGUUGUUGGCGAAAGUUGAAUUACUUCAGAACAAAAUUUCUAAAAAGAUCCAUGAGGGCUUCGCUUUCUUCCUUGGCUGAAUCUGUAGUUUAAAUUCAUCUUAUCAACUCCGGCAGUUUAUGAAGCAAAUUUGUUAUAUCUAAACAGGUACUCACGUUGAUGUUGACAGCCUUACGAAAACUGAAAAGGGACGUUUUAAGCAGAAGCUCUCAUUGUUACGAAGAAGGAAACGCCGCAGAAAUUCAAUAGGUAGUGUAAGCAGUGCUUCGGAAAGUUUUAGAACUAUUACUCCCUUGAACAGCGAUAAGGAAGACGUGGCUGAUAUAGGAAAAGAGCCGUUCGACUGGGGGAGGAGUCAGUCUCCAAGAACGACUUCUACGUCCUAUAAAAAAGGUAGAAGAUUCGUGUCUCGGUUGAUUUUAUUGCUUUAUCUCUAUUUUCAUUUUCUUUUCUGUUUUCAUACUUAAACUAACUAAUUACCUUUAAGACACAUUCUUUGGUGGAAACAUAUUGAGGUUGUCCCGAGGGCAUGACAAGCACUAUAGUCGUCAUCAUUAUCAUCGUCGCGAACUUAGCAUCACUGUUAUCCUUAUCGUUAUCACCUUCACGACGCAUUGAUUGUGAAUAUAUUACAUUACCACUAUUAUAAAGGAAGAUUUAUACUGAGAACAUACAAGACCUUUUUAGCUUUUAGGUUUUUUCCCAAUUCAGACCACUUGAUGUUUUCAAGGAAAUUUGGCAAUGUGGACAGCGUGACAUUUGAAAGAAUUCUCAGUUGUAACAACUCAUGUUCUGCAAUGAGGAAACAAAACAUCAGGCUACAGAGAUCUUAAGUCGACAUUAGCUUAUNAAAGAGCCGUUCGACUGGGGGAGGAGUCAGUCUCCAAGAACGACUUCUACGUCCUAUAAAAAAGGUAGAAGAUUCGUGUCUCGGUUGAUUUUAUUGCUUUAUCUCUAUUUUCAUUUUCUUUUCUGUUUUCAUACUUAAACUAACUAAUUACCUUUAAGACACAUUCUUUAGUGGAAACAUAUUGAGGUUGUCCCGAGGGCAUGACAAGCACUAUAGUCGUCAUCAUUAUCAUCGUCGCGAACUUAGCAUCACUGUUAUCCUUAUCGUUAUCACCUUCACGACGCAUUGAUUGUGAAUAUAUUACAUUACCACUAUUAUAAAGGAAGAUUUAUACUGAGAACAUACAAGACCUUUUUAGCUUUUAGGUUUUUUCCCAAUUCAGACCACUUGAUGUUUUCAAGGAAAUUUGGCAAUGUGGACAGCGUGACAUUUGAAAGAAUUCUCAGUUGUAACAACUCAUGUUCUGCAAUGAGGAAACAAAACAUCAAGCUACAGAGAUCUUAAGUCGACAUUAGCUUAUCAAAAAUCUCUCAUGGUUAUAGACCGCUCUUUUGUUUUGAAAAUUACUUUUAAUUAAUUAUUUGUAGAAUUUAUGCGCGUUUAUUAAAAUAUUUGGCCUCUAAUGAACCAUGUAACAUUGAUUUGGAUUUUUGCAGGUGGUGUCUCUCGUAAGUCAAGAAAUGUUUCUGAUCGACAUAGAAGGGCUUGUCUGUGGCUUGUAUUUCAACACUUGAAUCCUAUUGAACUGUGCGGUCUGGCUCGAGUCUGCCGUGAAUGGCGCGAAAUAAGCGAACAUCCCUCGCUAUGGAAGCAGGUGACGUUGGAGGAUAUACCAGUCAAUAAUAUGGUGAGUAGAAACCAAGUAACAAAGGUAAUUUUUUUAAGGAGAGCAAAAGUAUAUUGAUUAUACAGUGGAACCCCGCCCUACGGACACCCGUAUAUAAAACGGACAGUUUUUUUCCACCGUGGGCUCGAAAGACGAUCGGCUUUGGUAUAAGUUAUUCACUGUAUCUUCCACCCUUGUGGUACUCAUUUUGCGUUCUUUUCUUUGCAUAUACCGUAUUAUUAAGUUAAAAGAUGUUCGAAGAGGAAGUAGAAGAACUUAAAACCAGAGUUUGUGAAAAACAAGUUUUUUCCCUUGUUGUUUCAGGCGCUACAGGCCGUUUCCAGAAGAUGCAGUUGCAUGCAAUUUUUAAAGCUGAAAGGUAUUGUUCAAAAAACGAUUUUCUUUUCCAAAUUUUUCCCAAGACAAAACUCAUGGUAAGCACAUGAAAGAUGCCAGUACAAGAUUUGAUUACUCCAGGUUUAGAAUGCACUCUCAUAAUGGCCCAGAGAUACUACUCAGCAGAGAUAUAAAACUUCGCUUUUGUCUAUCGGUACAUGUGGGCCACUAUUAAGGUCCCGCGUUAGCCGGCAAACGUUUUUCCAAAGAUUACUCACAAAGUGACACCACAGUCUGGUUCCAUUUGUUAAAAAGGCGGAUAGCGCUAUCCGUCGGUAAAACAAUCCAAAACAAUUGUUACAGAGCAAAACUGACGUGAAGCUACUACUAUUGGAGCAGAGGUAAUGAACAGUGAAGCACAUGUCAAGAGAGAACUUGGUCACGUGGUACAAAUUCACGUUUGUCGUUUGCCGUAAACGUGACUUUAAAUCUCUCUAUUAUAGUAAAUGCGAAAAUAUAAUUCCAGAAACUUUAAUUAAAACUAAGCAAUUUAUGCCAUUAAAACUAGUAUUUAUCUUUCAAUAACAAUCCGAAAAAUUUUACCAUUUUUUAGGGCUGAAGAUAACAAAAUCAAGAGGCAAAAACCACGAUUCCAAACCAGAUGACUUGAGGUGAGGCUAGGGGCAGCCUUGCUCAUCCUUUUCCUUCGGCUUUGACUGCAAACUGCUACGUUAUGGACUGCUAAGACCAUUAGUUGCUCGAACCCAACGCAAAUUUUAUGCCAGUCAACAUGUACCAUUGCAAGUGCACGCCCAACAGACUUCAACAGGAAGCCACCUAUUAUAUGUUCUUUAGACUAGAAAGAUACUUUUAGACUGCGUAAUAUAUAGAGGAUAUUACAUGGUCGCGCGGAAAUACGAAAUUUCUCUUCGAGUGUUGAAAAAUAUUUUACGAGUGAUUGCAGCGAACGAGUGAAAUAUUUUUUCAACACGGGAAGAGAAAUUUCGUAUCUCCAAGCAUGAAGCUACUACUAUUGGAGCAGAGGUAAUGAACAGUGAAGCACAUGUCAAGAGAGAACUUGGUCACGUGGUACAAAUUCACGUUUGUCGUUUGCCGUAAACGUGGCUCUAAAUCUCUCUAUUAUAGUAAAUGCGAAAAUAUAAUUCCAGAAACUUUAAUUUAAACUAAGCAAUUUAUGCCAUUAAAACUAGUAUUUAUCUUUCAAUAACAAUCCGAAAAAUUUUACCAUUUUUUAGGGCUGAAGACAACAAAAUCAAGAGGCAAAAACCACGAUUCCAAACCAGAUGACUUGAGGUAAGGCUAGGGGCAGCCUUGCUCAUCCUUUUCCUUCGGCUUUGACUGCAAACUGCUACGUUAUGGACUGCUAAGACCAUUAGUUGCUCGAACCCAACGCAAAUUUUAUGCCAAUUAACAUGUACCAUUGCAAGUGCACGUCCAACAGACUUCAACAGGAAGCCACCUAUUAUAUGUUCUUUAGACUAGAAAGAUACUUUUAGACUGCGUAAUAUAUAGAGGAUAUUACAUGGUCGCGCGGAGAUACGAAAUUUCUCUUCGAGUGUUGAAAAAUAUUUUACGAGUGAUUGCAGCGAACGAGUGAAAUAUUUUUUCAACACGGGAAGAGAAAUUUCGUAUCUCCAAGCUGGUAUAUAAUGUUCUAUUUAUUAUAUAAACAUUAAUGAAAUACCGAUCCAUUACACUUUUAAUUAAUACUUUUUUGCUGUGAAAGGCGCGAUUUAUUAUGUAGCCAUAGCAACGGUGAUAUUUCACAUGUAAAGAUAUCAUGUUUCGCGCGAAAGCUCUCCUGGUAUUUCAUUGGUGUUUAUAUAACAAACCCUGUUUAGUACAGACUCGCGCAAACGUAAACACCCUGUUUAGGGUAAAAACCCAUACCCUGUUCAGCGGGAUAAUCCCGCAUAGGCCAUACGAGGGAGUACACCCUCCGGGAUUAUCACGCCUACAGCUAGCCAGGCUAUAGAUUGUGGAUCGUUUGCGAAAUUUGUCACAUAAAUAAGUAGAGGCAAGGUUGUUUAAACACCUUCAUGUCAUAACCAAGUCUCUCAGCUGUAAAAGCUGUUUGAAAAACAGCCAGUUGAGCUGGUGCAAAAUUGUAGUGACAAGAUCGUUCUUCCUAGACGGGGUAACAAUUUUGCAAGUGAAACUCUGUAGUAACUGAAGUUUCUCAGUUUACUUUAGAAGCAGACCAGUCUGGGAUUAGCUGACUGACUCAUUUUAAGUCUUAUUGGGGUUCUUGUUUUCUCUCUCAAGUUGUUAUUUAGAAAGAGGCCUGGAGUUUCUUUUAAAAGCUGCCGGAUCUAGUAUGCAGAGCCUUCAUAUUGAAGACUGUGGUAUCUUUUUAACAGAUAGGUAUAGUGACUUUGUUUAACGGAAGGAAUCUUAGCACUAACAAUCAUAGCUAGUUAAACUGUAUUAUUCGUUCUCAGCCGUCACUUUACUUUUCUCUGGCAGAUGUUUAUCCCUGGUCGGGUGUUACUGCAGAGAAUUAAAAGAAACGGUUUACAUCAGUGAUACAUUUCCCGUAUGCCCCGAGGCAUUAUGGGCCUUGUGGGCGUGUCGACAGCUUCACACACUUCGCGUACCGCCAAUGUUCCCGAGGUGAGACUUGACUCUUUGUUGUUGUCAGUGACUUCCAAACCUCCAAACACCGGUUAUUCAGACCCAAUUACGAGCGCAAAAUUUUUCUUGAUGUUUUCCCAGGCCGUGUAUGACAUAAAAAAACCCCUAACAUCUUACUACCAAAAUGAGGCCAAUUCAGUGUGUGUUGCAGCCCAAUGUUAGGGCUUUUAACAACGUGUGGGGGUAUACUUUUCAGCAGAGUCUUUAUGUUUAGUUGCGCCGUUCUGAUUAGCCACAAUGAUAGGGAGUUUACGCAACGACGACGACGACGACGACGGCAACGAGAAUGGCAAAAAAAGCAGUAGGUUUAAUUUAGACAAGCAAAAUAACAACUUUGCACUUGCAUCACGCUUUUUUGUACAUUUCUUAGCCGUCGUUGCACGACUUCAACGUGAAAGUGCCUAAUUUCACAUUUUGUCGAGGACGGGAACAAGAGACAAUAACUUUCUUUUUUCUUUUCCUGAACUUUGAUGCAGUCCUUUAGAAUUCAACUCCAAAAAAAUUUGCCAACAUUUGACGAAUUAAACGAGAUGUAGUAAGCGCCAUAAAGUUUGAGGCAGCGCAAAUUCACUUUUGAAGUGACGUUUUCGUAGCCGUCGCCGCCUUUUCGUAAACUCCCUAACGGCAAAACAGCUGUCUACGGCUACAGCCCUGCUCUGGGUUGACUAGUUGAAACUUGAUUUACCCUGCCAUUUUCCCAACCAGUCAGAGUCAAGACCAAUGUGUCUUUCCCACGAUCCUCGAUUCCUUUUUUAUAUUCCAAUGGCUCCGAAUUAUCUGGCGUUUUGCUGCGAUGUAGAAGCCAAUCGACAAAUCUUCUUUUUGGACGUUGGCUUUUUCUGAAAUACGCAGCUUCGAUUUCCCACAAACAGAGUAACCGACAAGGACUGAAGGCGGUAAUUAAUGUGCUUGUUUUUCCCUUAAUACUGAAUUCAUUUCAUUUUCUUUCGUACAAGUUAUCAUCCAGGACGUUUUAACGACAAGAGCUUGGAAAUGAUACCCAACUGCUGGCCAAACUUGCGCCAGCUGACAGUCGGCGGCCCCAGCAUCACCUCUGCAGGACUAAUUCACAUUGGUAAACUGCACUAAACUAUUUUAUCUUAUCUCAACUCCCAUCCUUCACUCUGCAGGACGCGCGUUCGCAAAAUCAAAUCGAAUUAAAUCAGAUUUAUUUCCUCGUGCCACUUAUAGGUUUUACAACUGGCAUCUUGUAAUUAUUUUUAACCAGAGACAACAGUAGCUGCUAUUAUUCCACCCCGAGUAAGCAAACAUUUCAGCAAAGCUCCAAUAUGAUAAAACUUUUCCAAUAGAUGGGGAUGAAAACCAUUCGCUGGCGAUUCGCAUAGAAGACAGGAAAAAGUAGAACGAACAAAAUUUGACAAGCAAUAUUAACAGCGCUGUAAAAAUCUUCAGACGUAGAUUCAGAAUGUAUGUCUAGGAGGACGAUCAAGAAUCAUUCCUGUGAACUAAAGAUAGGCCAUAGGUUGAGAUUUCAAACUCUAGAUGUCAGGAAUACUUCAAGAAAAAUGUAAUAGCUCGCCCUUUCAAAGAAUCGGUUAUGAACAGAAAGUACUUCAUUUUCUUUUUCCGUCAACUGUCCUUAUGAACAGAAAGUACUUCUGAAUCAAUUUUCUUCAACCGUCAACUGUUCUUUUCUGUUUAUAUGAGAUUUUUUACUGUGAUAUAACUAUUUAUAUGAGAUUUUAACAAUGUUUUCUUGCCUUUUCUUGUUUUAAAUCACAUCAUUUAGCCAAAGGUUGUUUGAGACUUCAAGAACUAGAACUGGAUCGUUCAAUAUUAAUAAAUGAAGAAAUCGCCCACACCAUGUGCUUGUGUGGACUAAGAGGACUGGAAACGAUUUCCUUCACCUUCACCCCAGUCUCUCCCGGCGCAAUUAGGGAGCUACUAGGUAAAGCCACGUUAUUUUGAUUUCUAGCAAGGCUAACAUUUUAUAUCUUAUGUAAACCGUUCGCCACGUUUUGUAAGGAAAUGUAUAAUAAGUUGGCUCUGGACUGCGAAUAGUCUCUUACUUUCCUUUACCAAGUUACUGACGCAAAACCCAAGCACGCGAGUAGCGAAGCCGCAAGCCACGAUAAACGAGGGCGUAAUCCGUUUUUGUAAUGUCAUGGUUUGCAAUCAGACUGGCUGAGAUAAGAACUAGACGGAUUUUACGAGAAAAGGUGGACUGCAAGCAGUCUUAGUUGGAUUAGUCGCCUAGGGUAACUCAGGUAGGGGGAUGACCCUUCCUCCCGGUAUAACUUUUUUCCAUAUAAACGGAGCCUAAAGUAGAUUUUUUUCAGAAUUUUUUCUAGCUGUUCAAAUUUUUCAUAAUUACAAGUAUGGUUCGCAGUUUUCAACACUGAAGAAUGUGGCGUUUAAUGAUAGCACUGCAAGCCUAUUCCAGAUCCCAUAUUGUGGACGGGAAAAGCAUAUCGGAAAAAAACAUUGCGCGAAACCCGCGUGGGGGCUAGGAUAGACGGGUAGUGCUCCCUUUUUCGCUGCUCGCUUGCAUUUUUCUCUCUUCUGCACCAGCCUGCUUCUUCACUGACCGACAGCCUGUCACAGGCUAUUAUAGCGCUUGAACUAACAGCUGUGACAGAUUCACUUGAUUUACAAAAACUUUAAGUUCUUUCUUUGAGUAGAAUAAUAGUUAUUUUCUUGCUCUGAUAAGUUGUAACAGGCACCACUCUAGAUUAGGUGAGUACUUAUGGUCUCCGGCCAGACUGGAUGACUUCUCGCUGACUUUGCUUUUACUGGCUUUUAGGGGCUUGUCCGCGAUUAGAGCGUAUCGAAGUGCAUAUUGGGAUAUCAGAUUACUUUACGGAUGUUGAAGCUGAAGUCAGCCAGAGAAAAUACAGGCGCAUUGUCAAGAAACUCACAGUAAGGACAUGAUUUGCUUUUGUAAUAUUAAACUACGAAACGUUUUGUGGAUUGUCACGGGGGGGGAGAGGGGGAAACGUUUUUGUGGAUUGUCACAGGUGGGUGGGGUAGCCCUCGUCCGCUUUAUAAACAGUACCACGCAGUUUCUUGUUAGGAGCUAGGAGUUAAGUUGAAAUCCAUUAGGAAAUUGAGUAAUUUAAAUUUUCAGUGGACGAAAACCUUGUAUCAGAAUAAAUUCAAGCAUAUUGCAUUCUUUUUCACACUUUUCAAGGGCUAUAAAUGUUCUAAGUUGUAGAAACGAGAAAGAGAGAACGUUAAAAAAGCAAUAGGUUAAAAAGGCAAAACAACAACUUUGCAAGUGCAGCAAAGAGAGUUCGCUUGCUUGCAUUCGACAAAGUAAAUGAGUUGUAGAUUGAAACAAAACAAAGUGACUUUUUAAGCAACGUUCUCGUGGCCGCCGCCGUCGUGGUAAAACGUCCCUGAGUUGAGUUCUCAAUUCUCUUUUUUGCUUCAUUAUUAUUCAGUGAAGGUCGAUUAAAACUAGCAAUUUAAAAUAUUGUUGUCUUUAUCUUUUUUGUUUAGGCUUUACAAGAAGAGAACGUAGAAUUUGCAAGAGUUCUUUGGAUAAAGUCAGAUUACGGAUAA